AUGACUGAUGCCAAAAUCAAGGUUGGUGUGCUGGGUGCCACGGGGACUGUAGGCCAGCGUUUUAUUCUUCAGCUAAGUUCGCAUCCUGUGUUUGAAUUGGCUGCCCUGGGUGCGAGCUCGUCAUCUGCGGGAAAGUCCUACCAUGACGCCGUGGCCGGUCGUUGGAAGCAAAUACAUCCAAUUCCAUCGCAAGUACGCAACAUGCCUGUUCACGAGUGUGAACCAGGUGCAUUUUCCGAAUGCAGCGUGGUGUUCAGCGGUCUUGACAGCGGCCCUGCCGGUCCUGUUGAAGCCGCAUUCCGUGAGGCGAAUCUACGCGUGUUCUCGAACGCCAAAAACUACCGCCGCGACCCUCUUUGUCCUUUGAUUGUCCCACUCGUAAAUCCCUCACACUUUGAUAUUGUGCCACACCAACGUGCAUCUUUGUCACUAGACCGUGGAUUUAUCGUGACGAAUGCCAACUGUUCGACGACGGGCGUGAUUGUGCCGCUCAAGGCGCUGGAGGAUGCGUUUGGCCCCUUGGAUAUCGUUAUGGUGCAGACCAUGCAGGCUAUCAGUGGUGCAGGCUACCCUGGUGUGAGCUCUUUAGAUAUGCUUGACAAUAUUGUGCCAUACAUUAGCGGAGAAGAAGAGAAAAUUGAGUGGGAGACAAGCAAGAUUCUCGGCGGCCUCAAACAAAAUAACACUGCCUUUGAUUUGCACGAAUCCAGUCCGAUGCGCAUCAGCGCACAAUGCAACCGUGUCCCUGUCGUCGAUGGUCAUUUGUCCUGCGUGAGCGUGAGCUUCAAAAAGCAGCCCGCACCGUCACCUGAGCAAGUAGCUGAGGCUCUGCGGUCGUAUACAUGUGAGGCCCAAAAGCUUGGAUGCCACAGUGCACCUACACAGGCAAUCACGGUGCAUGAUGAAUUGGACCGUCCUCAGCCUCGUUUGGACCGUGAGUGGCAAAACGGUGCUGGCGUGAAUGUCGGCCGCAUCCGCGCAUGCCCCGUACUAGACGUCAAGUUUGUGACGCUCGUCAACAACGUGAUGCUUGGUGCUGCUACGAGCUCAGUACUGAAUGCGGAAAUUGCACACAAGAAGGGGCUGCUCUCAUAG